AUGUCGGAUGUAGGCCCUCCAAACGAGCAUGUCAGUUACCCGGGAGACCAGUCGUGGCAUGUGCCGUUCCCAUCUACACCUCCGACUCCCAAUCACGAUUCCACUUCAUUUGGAAAUUGGUGGGAGAGCAAAUGUGAUAUUCAUGGCCAAGUUAUGGGAAACUUGGCCAACAAGUUGAACAAAGCAUAUGCUGGAGAAGUGAAGCAAACACUAAAAGCAAUAAGUCGGAGCAAUGAGUUAGAGUCCCUCAAGUUAAAAUUGGAAGACACAAAGAAAUAUGCUGUCGAAAAAUUCACAAAAACUGAAGAAUAUAACCAUGACAUGGUUCAAUGUUUCUACAACAGCUUUGAAAUGUUCCGAGAUUAUGCUUCGGUCAUCUCACCAGACUACAAUUGGAGUGAAAUUGAUGUAGCUGGUGUCUGGGAGGUGCUAAAUAUGGGUGGAGAGGGAAUGGCUCAUCAUAGCCUCGUGCAUGCAGCGAGGAGGAAGGCCAAAGACAUUGAUCUUUUGAUAGAACUCUAG